GCGGCCACAACUCCGAUAGUCAUAACAGCGACCACUUAUCAUUCGGGGUUUGGCAGAGCCAACGUACUCACGCUCGGGCGAAAAUUGAUACAGCGGCGGGAAAUGGGUUCGGACCGCGCGGAGUGAAGUAAGGCGGGCGGCGCGCGCCGGUCGCCCGGGCAUCAGCCAUAAUGUCUACCAUGUUAUUAUCGACGACUCCACGCCUCUCGUAGUCAGUACUUUGCAGGGGCCAGUGAAGUGUCUAACAGCUGAUUGUGCUAUUGAAAUGUGGACUGGCUGAAACAACAGGUCAAAAGUGAAGCACGAAAAUGACAGUGGUAACAAAUCCAGCGUGUACCACGCAGUCUGACGACGAGAUAGAGUCGGGGCACGAGAGCAUAUCUGGCGGAGAGUGUGGGCUUAUGCUCGAUGAAAACGCGCGAUUAUACGAUAACGAGAAACAAAGUGAUAUCAUUUUCGUAGCCGGUAUUAACGGCGACACCUGGAGGUAUCCAGGCCAUCGACGGGUUUUAGCCGCUACAAGCCCUGUUUUCGCAGCUUUACUUUCUGCUAAAACUGAUGUAAUCAUCGUUGAUUAUGUCGAUCGUCGUGGUUUUGAGCAGCUACUCCGAUAUCACUAUUGUGAACCAACGCAGCUCAAUUCUGUGGCAACUGCACGGUGUGCUCUCGAUGCGGCAUACAAGUUCCUUUGCCCGCCCCUUGCGGAACGCUGUGCUCGACGUCUCGAUGAGAUGUUAGAUGCAGGUGUUGCUUUAGAAAUAUUGAGGGAUCUACGAUUUCUAUGUGCAAGAUUACCUGGAGCCGCAUCAGCACCACCUCUUCCAGCACUAUCUGAUGACGCCGCUGCAAGAUCACUAGCACAGUGUUCACGUUGGUGUGAUUCUCUAGCUCAUAAUGCACUUCUUGUGUUAGACAACGAUGCCGACGCGGCUCUUACUGAUGAACGACUUGAAGAUCUCACAUACGAAGAUCUAGCUCUGAUUGUGAAACGGGAUACAUUGCGAGUAUCUAAUGAACUUGUUUUAGUCGAAGCACUAACACGAUGGAGUACCGCUGCUUGUAAACGUACCAAACGGGAACUGACGUCGAGUAACAAACGUGUAGCACUUGGCGAAUUAGCAUACUGCCCUCGAUACCUUCUGUUAUCGGGCGAAGAGUUAGAUAGAGCUUUGGAAUUGGAGUUGUUAGAACCAAUGGAGCGGGCUUUAGUAACUGCAAGGGCUAAAAAGCUGUCAGCACCUGUUCCUGUGGGUGCAGAACAGGAGGCAUUGCUGCGUAGAUGGGCACGACCGCGGCCCAAGGAGCCAGCUGCAUUGCCUGUACAUUUAAGUUCACGCUCAGAGCCUCUUCCGGAACCACAGCCGAGCAAAUUAUGUGCGCGCCGUUCUAAACGGCCAAAACAGCCAAGUUUUGCGCCUGAAGAGAAACGCAAGAAACCUGGUUGCUGUGCGCGUUUCGGCGAAGGCCUUUUGAGAGCUUUUAUCUGUUUAUUUGACUGAAAUUGAAGUAUUACGUAAUUGUAUACAAAAACUACAGAAUAGUUGAUGUGUAUGUGUGGAAUGCUUAAAAUUAAUUGUGAAAUAAUUAUAUCGACGUGAACUUGUGUAAAUAUUAUAUGACAAUUUAUUUAUUUACUUAUUCACAACAAAACUAUUGAAAAGUAAAACUGAAACAUUACAUUACAUUAGUGUAAAACUAAGUGCACAGAUAGAAAACGAACAGGUCUUCUAGUAAAAUUUAUAUGUAAAAUAUGAGGGGAUUGUAAAAGAAAAGUUAAUACAGCGAUAGAUUUAGAUGAAACUUUGUAUGUAGAAUGACUAUACCUUUUGUAUUUUUUUACAAACUAAAUCCUUUAAAUAGGUACCUUGUAAAAUAUUCGCUUCUUUAUUAUUUUCAAAAUAAUUAUAGCUAUCAGUUAUUAUUAGGUAUGAUUAUUUAUAAGAAUAAAUGAAUACAUACUUGCAUUAUACACACCUACUUCAUAUUUAAUGAGAAUGUUUGUUGGAGCUUAUUACAUCUAUAGUUAUAAUUUGAAAUUUAAUUUGGGAAGUGACUAAGAUGAGAGGAGUAGCAAUUGUAACAAAAUAUAUUUGGGUAGUUUUUUCUGAAAAAGUAGAUUAUUAAUUAAUAAAUGUUUCAAUACUUUGAAUUCGUAGCGCAGCUACGGAUGUUAAUGUUUAUGUGACUCUCAUCAGUAUAUGGUAGCCGUAUGUGUAUUUUAAUGUUGUGAUAUCUUUGUUAAAAUAAUUUGAUGUUAAAAUUGUCCAACAAUUUCUUAUUUAAGAAUAUGUUUAUUCAUAUUUAUUACACGUAUCUAUUUCAAAGAAUUGGUGCACAAACUUUGUAUUGACAAGUACUUACGUCUUAGACACGUUUAGAGUAUUUUUUGUUGCAUUUAUAUACAUUUAUAUUUGUUUAUUGUAUAUUGUUAAGUAAAUAAAUUUACUAGUUUUAAAUUAGAAUAAAUUUUCCAUACUUUAGUAUUUGAUAUCUAGUCGUAUGUUAAGUACAUAAUAAUGGUAUCUGUGUAAUUUAUUUACUGCUGUUUCUUGUAUUGUUAUUUAAACUUUUUGGAGGGAAGUUUUUACUUUUAGAUUGUGCCAUAUUACUAAAUGUAUCUUUUUUCGAUUAAUGUUAUUUUUUAUGUAGGUAAAUAAGUAGUUACUUUAACGAAGCUAGAAAUAAAUUCUUUUUCCUAUUUAGCUAAAUUUCUUUACAAGUUUUUCUCUAUAAAUUAAUUAAAUUGUUAGUCUGUUAAAGGUAUUCUAAUUUACUAGCGCGCUUGAACUUUUCUGUGGAUGCCAGGAACUAGGGUUGCCAAAUAAUCUCACAAAGAAUAUGAGAAAUUUUUAGUUAGGUGAACUAAAAUAAAGGCAGUGGAUAAUAAAAUAUAAUAGAUACCUAUCCUAUUUAUGUAAAAUAAUGUGUACUUAUUUGACCUUUAUGAGACACUGGUUAAUCGGAAAUGAUGUAAAAGUUUUCUUGCAUUAAUAUUUCUUUUUUUUUUUAUUUUAAGAGAGCUUGCUCAAUUAUCUCGCCACUUAACGUUUAUUGUGGAUUUUUUUUAUUAAAUUGGAAGCAACAUAAUCAAUAAACAAUAAUUUAGUUAAUAUUGGAAAAAGAUUAUUCAUAGGUAUCAAUGCGAAUCAGCACUAUCUAAAAAUUUGUUUACAAAAUAACAGAGAAAUGGAAAUUUGUAGUCAAGCUAAAAGAAAUUAGAUUUGGCUACUAUAUAUUUUUUGAACAGUAUAUAAUAUGUUGAUCCAAAAUAUGGAUAAUAGAAUACAAUAUUAUAUUAUGUAUAACAUAUUUAGAUGGCAACCCUAGGUUAGGUACACAUGUAGUAUAUACAUGUUGUGAUAGUUACCUACCUAUAUGUGAAUUACAAGAAUUGUACUUGAAAUAAUAUUUUACUAAACAUUAUGUUAAGCUCAUUGCCUGUUAUAUUAUUAUGUUAUUUAUUUCAUAAUAAAUUGUCCUUGAUAGUGGGCACUCAAUUUUAAUGUCAAAAUAAAUCAAUGUGUUCAGCUCAGAGCUGUAGUUAUAAUAAAAAUAUAUGAGGUUAUGA